UCUAAACAGAUCACCUGGGUAAGUCGUGCUCUUGGAGGCUUCUCGCGGCUCUCUCCCUGACUCCAUCAGUACAGCCUCUCCCCAGACCCUUGCCUAACUCUGCCUGCCCUUUGCAGUACUCCUUGCCUGCGUGGAAGAUGUCCUGCUCCAGCCUGUGUGCCCCUGUGUGUGGGGUGGCUGCCCCAGCCCCAGUGGCUGACAGCUUCAACGAGCCCUGCGUGCGGCAGUGCCCCGACUCCACUGUGGUGAUCCAGCCCCCGGCCACGGUGCUCACCUUGCCCGGGCCCAUCCUCAGCUCCUUCCCGCAGCAUGCCGUGGUCGGCUCGGCAGGAGUCCCGGGUGUGGCAGGGGGCUUCGGUGGCACUUUUGGAGGCCGUGGUGGCUUUGGGGGCUAUGGAGGCCUUGGUGGUUAUGGAGGCCUUGGAGGCUAUGGGGGCCUUGGAGGCUAUGGGGGCUAUGGAGCGUUUGGGAGCUGUGGGUAUGGCGGCUGGCGUCGGGGCCUCAGGUACCUCAGUGGCAGCUGUGGGCCCUGCUAAGCCCACUACUGGCUCAAGCCCCUGACGAAGGAGAGCUCCAGAGCUGCCCCGGAAUGUCAUGACAUGACACCAUCAGGAAGGCUCCCCUUUAUCAUCACUGGUCUCCAGAGCAUGGAGGCCUAAUGCCUUCAUGGGGCCCACCUCUGUCCUUCUCCUCCCUGCUUGAGCUUCUCUACAGGACUUGCUGCCCCAUGACGAUGCACCCAUGCAACGGACGCCUCCUGUGGCAUUGCUGCUGCUCACCAACGCUCUGCCUUCUGCAAGGAGUCAGGAGCUGCCUUUCUGCCAUCUCCCUGCUCCCCUGGACCUGAAAUAAAAACUCUGUUGCACUUCA